AACACUCCAAAGAAGCCACCAAAAUCAGAUUCCUUUUCCAACUCGCUCGCUCGCUCUCCCUCUCUCUCUCUCUCUCUCUCUCAUCGACACGCUUGUUUCUUAGCUGCUUCUGCAGCUGCUGCUCUUUUUUUUGGGGGGCCUCUGUCUGACACCUUUAAAAGGCCCCCUUCCUCCCUUCAAUCUCUUCUCCCUCAAUCUCUCUCCUCUCUCUCUCUCUCUUUGGGAGUGUUUACAAAAGAAAAGAAGAAAAAACAAGAAAGAGAAGUGAGAGUAAAUGUAUGCAGAAACAGGGCUAAUGUUCCCAUACUUCCACAACUUCCCUCAGCAGUUUGAAGACUUUUGCUGCUCCCACAAGCCCAAUGCUUCAUCGGGCAUAUCGAGCUGCGUCAUUCCGACGUCCACGGUAUCGGAUUACAACCUCUGGGCAGAAGGAGAUCUAUUCAAGGCUCCUGAACCUGUGAUUGAAGAACCAGCCAUGGGCCUUGAUCCAGUGACGGCUGCCAUUUCAAUGAUUUCUUGUGGAGAAGAUGUUAUGCCCACCCAGUCGUUGGCCGUUUCAGAUAUUGAAUCGUCGAUUCAGAGUGGGCAGCUCCUCAGUGAGGUUUUCUAUGAAUGCAGAAAGGAUCUUUUGGCAAAGGAAGGGAACGAAACGCCACUCUCUGAAGUCCUCAACAUCAAAAUUUCCACCGACGAAAACCUGACUGCUGAUGAGAAGUUGGUUGCUGAGAGUCCGUUCCAGAAGAGUAUUAGUUCAAGUUGUCUAAGGUCAAUGGAGUGUGUGAACGAGGCUCCGGUGAGGCCAAAUUUUCUCGAUUUUCCUGUUAUGGACUUUGGGACUGCUUACGGAAUGCGAAGAGCAUUUAGUGAAGGAGACAUAAAGACUCUUGGUAAUGGAAAUAUAAACUUCCAAUCUCCAAUGGAGCAACCUAAAAUUGUGAGCACUUUCACUUCUGAAGAUCGCAAGGAAAAGCUGUCCAGAUACCGGAAUAAGAAGUCCAAGAGAAAUUUCGGCAGAAAAAUCAAGUACGCGUGCAGGAAAGCUCUGGCUGAUAGCCAACCAAGAAUUCGAGGAAGAUUUGCAAAGACGGAAGACAAAGAAACUUCCAAGAAACGAUGACUGCUGCUUGUACGAGAAAGACUAAGUUUUUUAGGAGUGUAGUACUUAGACUUUUAUGAGGUAAAGAGUGUAAUCCCAUGGUAAUGAUAGUCGUCAGUGUUGUGUUAAUGGAAGCUUUAGACAGGAUCUAAAUAAGCUUGACCUCACGAACUAGUUUGCAUCGUUGUAACCGCAAUAAUCUCCUAUGUAGAUCAUAUAUAUGCUCAGCUAGAUUUGUACAUAAUGUUUGUUUAGUAAUGAAAUAAUAAAAAAUAAGAUGUAUUUGUAGUU